GGUGAGGCUGAGGGGGAGGGACUGGCCAGCAUAACCCUGGGUCCACCACACCGGCUCCCUCAGGCAUUGUGUGAAAUUGUGGGAUGCCAUUUAAAGUCUGUGUGUUUUUAAUCAACGUGUCUGUCGUCCUUAGUAAUAAUGCGGUGCUGCUUACUUUUCCCUUUAAGGUAUUUCAUGGUACUUCUCCUUGUGGUAUAAGCAAAAGGCGAUGGACAGGGAGCAGGAUGUCUGUGCGCUCCGGCGCCGCCUGGCUGAGGCUGGGCAGAGCCACCUGCUUCAGUUCUGGGAGGAGCUGAGUGAGCCGGAGCAGCAGGAGCUCUACAAGGAGUUGGACGCCAUGGACCUGGAGGAGCUGGGCCAGGCCUUCCAGAAGGCGAUGGUGGACAGUGGCCAUUUACCAGGGCAGGAGUACAUGGAUGCAAAGGUGGAGCCUGUGCCACGGGAGGUGCUGGGCAGUGCGACCCGGGACCGGACCCAGCUGCCCAUCUGGGAGGAGGAAGGUCUCCGACAGAUAUCUCAGAGCAAAGUAGCUGUUCUUCUUCUAGCUGGUGGACAAGGGACAAGGCUGGGCGUCUCAUACCCCAAAGGAAUGUAUGAUGUAGGCCUGCCAUCCCACAAAACCCUCUUCCAGAUCCAGGCAGAGCGCAUCUUGAAGCUGCAGCAGCUGGCCGAAAACCAGUAUAACCUCAAAUGUGUUAUUCCAUGGUACAUCAUGACAAGUGGCAGGACGAUGGAAAUGACCAAGGAUUUUUUCCUGAAGCACAAGUACUUUGGCUUAAAGAAGGAGAAUGUGAUCUUCUUUCAGCAGGGGAUGCUGCCUGCUCUGGACUUUGACGGCAAAAUCCUCCUGGAAGAAAAAGGCAAAGUCGCCAUGGCACCAGACGGCAACGGAGGUCUCUACCGAGCUUUGGGAGCGCAUCGUAUUUUGGAAGACAUGGAGCAGCGAGGCAUUGGAAGCAUCCACGUCUAUUGUGUCGACAAUAUUUUGGUAAAAGUGGCAGACCCGCGGUUCAUUGGUUUCUGCGUGCUGAAGGGCGCAGACUGUGGAGCAAAGGUGGUGGAAAAGACCAACCCCACGGAGCCGGUGGGCGUGGUGUGCCGCGUGGACGGCGUUUACAAGGUGGUGGAGUACAGUGAGAUCUCGCUGGCCACAGCGCAGAAGAGGAGCCACGACGGCCGGCUGCUCUUCAACGCCGGGAACAUUGCCAACCACUACUUCACAGUGGGGUUUCUGAAAGACGUCGUCACUGUCCAUGAGCCUCACCUGCAGCACCACAUUGCCCAGAAGAAAAUCCCGUACAUUGAUGUGGCUACGGGGAAGCCUCUGAAGCCGGACAAGCCGAAUGGGAUUAAGAUGGAGAAGUUUGUCUUUGACAUCUUCCAGUUUGCUAAGAUCUUUCUGGUCUACGAAGUGCUGCGAGAGGAUGAGUUCUCGCCUUUAAAGAACGCGGACAGCCAGAACGGCAAGGACAACCCCACCACCGCCCGGCACUCGCUGAUGUCCUUGCAUCACUGCUGGGUCCUCAACGCCGGUGGCCGCUUUGUGGAUGAGAACGGGACGUGCCUUCCUGCCAUUCCACGUCUGAAGGAUGCGAACGACCUUCCCAUUCAGUGUGAGAUCUCCCCUCUUGUCUCCUACGGUGGUGAAGGUCUGGAGGAGUUUGUGAAGGACAAACAGUUCCGUGCCCCUUUGAUUAUUGACAGAAGCGGGGUCCAUGAGUUGGUGAAGAAUGGCAUGUGAGAUCCCCAGGAAGAAAGAAUCAUCCUUUGGGUCCAGAUUUUCCUGUGAUUCUUGCUUGUUGGACUGUAAAUGUUCACACAGAGGUUUCUAAUAUCACUUAUGGGAGGAUUCACUCAAACGGAUUGGCUGCAAUAGGAAGGGAAGUGGUAUUUUUCUUCUAGGCAUCUUGGGGAUAUCUAUUUAUAUAACUUUUGAUUUUAAAAAAAGUUAAUACAUAAAAUAGCCGGAACACUGCAUUUUGUAUAAAAACCUAUGUUAUGCCUACAAAGGAUCUUUACGGUACAGGGUCGAGAGACUAAUCUGAAAUGGUAUUUUUCUCAAAUGUGUGUGACUUGAUUUUGAAAGGCAGAUUUGGGUUUUCUUUUACAGCCCAUGCUGUUAUUAAAGGUUGUGUCUUGCAGAGGUUGCACAAUUGAAAAGAGCAGGGAGGAAAUGACAUCUAAUUAAAUUAUUUCUCUCCCAGCA